UAGUACAUUAUGUGGAAUCGGCGACAUCGCUGUGUGGACAAUUUAUUUAUAAAUUUUUUUUUUAAUUUUCUGUCUUCCGGCCGUAGUAUUAUUGCACUUUUGUGCCGGGAAUCCGUCUAUAUACAUUUCGAGCUUGGUGUGGGUGUUAUUUAAAGGUUAUGUGCUAUGUUUUCGUAAUUUUCCACAGAUUUCAUCCCUAUACAGCUGUUCGAGGAUAUGUUCUCGACCUUGUAGUGCACAAAAAUUGAAAAUGCUCUACGAAAAUCGCAUAAAAUUCGCCUAAUUUCCGAUAAUAUAGGUAAUUAGGGAAAGACAAUAAUUAAGUCUAAGAGGUUCAAAAGAACAACGGGGGAUGGAUCAUGCAACAGCCGUUGAAAAUGCAGUGAAAAGAUUUUAUGCCUCGGGUGACAAUGAUACUCAUGCAUGGCUUUUGCAAGCCCAGGCAUCACCGGAAGCCUGGACUUUUGUAUGGCAGUUAUUGGACCCAUCGAAGCCGGGAGAAGUGCAAUUCUUUGCUGCGACAACACUGCAUGCAAAAAUCUCAAAACAAUGGGAAGAAGUGCCAAAUUCAGAAUACUUAGGUUUACAAGUGCGUGUACUCGAAGUCCUCAAGCAUCCGGGAACUUCAAAGAUUGUAUUAACAAGGCUGUGCCAAGCGUUAGCUGCUUUUAUGGCUAAUUCUAGUAUGUCUCAGUUGGAAAAUAGUGAAAAAUGUAUGGUAGAAGAAUUGAUAGAAAUAUUACCAUACAACUCACCGGCAACAGUGGGUUUGUUUUUGAGAGUUCUUGAAGCAAUUCCAAGAGAAGUAAAUUUCCAUAUAUUUCCGUUCCUAUUUGAUAGGCGACAAGGUGUAAAGCAAUUAAAACAACGAGAAAGCAUUCUAAAUAAUUGGUGCAAGGCUGCAUGGAUUCUACAACAGAUAUUUUCCUCUUGCACCCAGACAAAUGAUAACAAUAGUGAUGCCUUAUUUCUUUCGGGUAUAGAAUGCACACUUUCAUGGUUGAAACUUGGUCAAUUACCCCUAGACACAAUAGGGCAGAUAUACCCUCACCUACUGCUUGCAGCAGCCCGUUACAUACCCAACAGGGACAACGAGGAAGACGAUAAUGCGCGCGGCUGGGAAGUAGUCCAAGAGUGCCUAACGAUGGUGGUGACCCACACAGAGCUGUACAAGCGGCCACAGCUCUUCUGGGAAUGGGCCAAGAGCUUCAUUUGCAUGGUGAAGGAGCACGGUGCCAAGUACUACUAUGAGAUCCUGACGACUUUCGGCGAGGCCCACAGCCGCACUUUUCUCUUGUCUUUGGCGAACAUUGGACCUAACACCGAGGGGCAGAAGUGGACAGCCGAGCAGAUAAAGUGGACAAAGGAUCAGCAAAAGUUGAUAGCGGAGCAGCUGAUCGAAUUCUUACUCGAGUGUUCCGAACAAGAGGGUAGAUAUCCCGUCGACGAAAAACGUAGUUGUGUACCCUUUGGCUUCUGGUAUGCACUGCAGGACGAUUUAAACACGCUGGACGUGGCUCAUGAACAGCAAGCCAUCUUAGCUCUCAAGCCUAUUUAUUCGAGGUUGGCUAGGGCUCUGCUGAAAAAGACGACGCUUCCUGCAUCUCCUAGCGAAGCAGGUACACCUGACGAGAUAGAACUGCUCAGGUGUUAUAGACAAGAUGCCGCAGAUACCUUAAUUUACUGUUAUAACGUCAUCGGGCAUGAUCUGCUUAUACUGCUAGGUCAGAGACUGAGUCAAUCGCACGAUAACGUUUCUAAGUGGACAGAAGUUGAAUCGACGAUUCACGCUUUUAAAGCGUUAUCUGAUAAUCUAAAUCGUAAAGAUUUUCAUUAUUUGACUGCGAUAAUGGAUCUGAUGCUGUCGCAUAUUCCUUAUGGGAUGUAUCCCAGAGAAGUGCUUUGCUGUGCCUGCUCGGCCGUAGGUGCUUACGCUGAGUGGAUCGGAGAAUGUCCCGAGCCUUGGCUGGAGCGUUCUCUUCAGUUGGUGGUUCUCGGCCUAACUCAUGGACCCAUAACGUCGCCAGCGGCGAGUAUGGCCCUGAAGGACAUAGUUCGCGAAUGCAGUGCACACCUGGCGCCCCUCGCGCCUUCGAUUCUCGAAACCAUCGGUCGAACUCUGCCUAAUGUGACACCCGGCGGUGGCGAAGGACUCAGGCUUAUGUACGCAGCGGGUGAGCUAUUGAAAUCGCUUAGGACAACCGAAGAACAAAUGUCGCAUCUCGAAUCGACGUUGGGAUUGUGUGUCAUGAGACUGAGGGAGUUGCUGCAGCUCCCAGUAAACGAAGCUCGGGUUGCUGUGUCGAAUCAACUGAAAAUGAUCUCAAUGUUCUUCACAACUCUCGAGGGGGCUAUUUGCAGUCCUGUGCUUGAAGCACUUUUGCCUAUUUUCGAAGGGAUAGUGAACCAUCCCGACUGGAGCAGAGACGACUCAACACUAGAUGCGAUGUACAACUGUGCGCAAAAGUCUGUAUCCUCGCUAUUUUAUCCAGAACGCGAGGCAGUAUCUCUUCUCCAUCUCCUGGACACCUCGUACAAGAUUCGUCCUCACCCUGCAGCCUUAGUCUUCCUAAAACAGUUGGUGCUGGUGGGUGGUCGCAAUCCUGCCAUCAGCGACGAGCUCAUCCGCGUUUUCGGCGAGAUCAGCGGCCUGACGCUUGGUGGGAUUGCCUCUUGUCGACAGGCAAACGGCAAUUUAUCUGAGUUGUCUGACCUGCUCGAAGCCUACCUACUGCUGCUCGCCCAGGUGUGCAAAAAGAACGCCAGGCUACUGUUGCAAAUACCAGAUCAAGUGCCUGAGAUGCUGCGCUGUGGAAUCGCCUGCUUGCUUUUACCCGAAACUGCUACGGUGAAAGCAGCCGGAUGUUUUUUAACUAACGCGAUAAGACAAAGUCCACAUAUGCAAACGUUCAUCCAACCUAUCGGCCAAGAAUUAGUCUGUGUUAUUCUACAGUGUGUAGGAGGAGUUGUGCCACGAAAUAGUUUAGAACCUCACGCUGAAGUUUUACUGGUCCUGAACAAGGCCUGCCCGGAGUGGACGGCCCAAUGGCUGAGACUAGCUCUGGCAGACAGAAGUGCUCCGGUUGUACCCCAGCCUCAAAAGGAGAGCUUUAUACAAGCGGUGUUACGUGAGCGCACCAACAAGCGUCGGCUUUGUGACAAGCUCAGUGAGUUUAGUCUUUUGUGCCGGCAAACUGCGACAGUUGGCUUAUAAAUUAGCUUCCUCUCGAUUACCAGCCCAGAUUUGUACAGAUAUUAUUAUGAUUAUUAUUAUUAUUAUUGAUAUCAUUAUUAUCAUCAUUAAUUUUAUGAUUAUGACAGAAGCGAGAAUAAAAUACAUGCUACUUUUGAGAUAAACAAUUGUAUGGAAAGCAAUUAUACAACAUUUUAAAUAGAUCAUUUUUACAAAAAUAAAAUUCGUUUUUUUCUCACUUUCUUUUUAGAUCUUAUUACGAUUAAAAAUGAAGGAUGCGUACAUUAGAAUUGCCUUGCAAAAUUAAAAUUUUUCUGUAAGAACUACAUGUAGAUGGCAAUAAAUAAAAAUGUGUGGUUUU